AUGAAUAUAGGAAAGGGACCUGGGGUGGGGAAGAGAGAAAAAUCCAAGACAAUCCAGAGCAGUGGCCACAGCCCAGUAUCAUGCCUUAAAAAAACUAAGGAAAUCAAGGACUUUCUGUUCACAGCACGGUGGAAGGAUGCCAAAUCCGUCAAGAUCCUGAACACGGAUAAUGCACUGUUCAAGGUUCACUGCAACAGGUACCUGUAUAUCCUGGUCAUCACAGAGAAGGCAGAGACAUUGAAGCAGUCCCUAACCCCUGGUUUGGCAGUGAAGGAGCUGAAAUGA